AUGCCGCUUCUGUGCAUUGGCAAUGGCGGCUCUGGUGAUGCGCAUUACAACGAAGUAGCUACCGAACGACCGGACGACUCGAUCUCCGCUGGCCACACACGCCUUCUGCGCAUUGCGUCGGCCUUUGGUGCACCGACCACAGUCACGACAUUCGUCCUCGCCCUCCUUCGAGACCCAACUCCGAGUGCGCAGCUUUCGCGCUUGACCAAUAGUGCUUGUAUCGACCUUCCCAGGAAUUAUUACGCCAUCACCAUCGCUAAUCUGUGGGGAGCUCAAGACCCGAGAUCUGUUGGGUCGAGGCUGGUCCAAGCCCUCCCACAUCGUCCGGGUGCUUUCUUCCUAGGCCCCAGCGAUCCCUCUCGAGACUGCCGCAAGACCAACUACUCCUUGGCUCUGUCAUUCUAUCUUUGUGCAGCCAGAAAGGAGAUGCGAAGAAGAGGAGGGGGGUAA